GGGAAAGAGGCAAGGAAGGAGGGAGUGUCGGCCGCCCGGCCCUUCUCAAAGGCGGCCAGACCAAGAUCUGCUGCUAAAGUGGAGGCGUUAGGUCCCGAUUGUGUCCGCUGAGUGAGGGCAUCUCGGCGGCACAGCCCCACCAGUGAGCACCGACCUCACCUCUGUCAGCUGAGGAGACAGUCAGCUCCAGAAGCGAAGCACCGCGAGUCGGCGACUGAUCGCAGACCUGAGUGGCGGCGAGGCUAGAGGGAGUUUGGUGGUCGUAUCGCAGCCUCGAGGGGGGCGGGGUGGUGUGUUUGAUUAAAAAUAGGCGGGGAGGGCAGUGGGGUAGCGUCAGUUUGAGCAGGGAAAAGGGGCGGUCAGGGGUAGCCAGCAGGCGCUCGUUAUCGUCUGUUGCUUGUCUGUCUGUCUGUCUGUGUGGGUGCCUGUCGCCCCGUCUGGUGUGCUGCCUCUCCCUGCUCGCACACGUGUCACGAGAAAGUUUUUGUGCCUUUCUCAUACCUUCCUGUCCGGCCGUGUGCCUGUGAGCGUGUCUGCUGGGGUUUUUCUGACUAGCCAGCUCUUGUGACUACAUCUCUCUCUCUCUCUGUGUCUGUCUGUCUGUCUGUGUGACUGUCUGCGUGACUGUCUGUCUGUCUGUCUGUCUGCAUCUUUUGCUUGCUUCGUGCCGUGUUCUGUGGUGUUGGUGGUGCUGUUGUUUGGAGCGUCUUGAUGGCAUUGCUAUUGCGAGAGCCGACAGCAGUCAAGCCGUCUGUGUGUCGUGGCACUGAUGAUGCGUGUGGUGGUGGUGGUGAUGAUGGUAUGUCGAUGUGUGGGCGGUUUUCCUACCGGUGGCCUACCUGCCGUGCGGUGUCCUUUAUGACUUCAUGCCUGGUGAGCGACACACACACACACACCACACACACCACACACGCACCACACACACACACAUUAUACAUCUCUCCCUUCUGUGUCUGUGUGUGUUGCAGGUGAUAUGUUUCGUGCUUUUAUUUAUCUCUUCCCCGGUGCAGCACUCCCACUCACUCGUCCUCCGCCGGCUACAAGUGGAAGAGCCCCUCCCUCAACCCAACAACACCAACGCCACUGGGGCCGCCGACGGUGACGCGCCAAUGGACCCCUGCGUGACCGAUCUGCACGACUGUGCGGUUGAGGCGUUGUGCGUGCGGCAGAAUGAGACGUACUGGCGCGACAGCGACAUCCUGGGCGACACGGGGGAUGACGUUCGGCGGAUUGAGAUGUACCGGCAUGGCUGCGAGUGCCGGAGGGGGUACGAGGGAGAUGGCAGGACCUGCAAUGGUGGGUGCUUGCUGGAGGGAGGGGCGGGGCGGAUUGGAAUGACGGAUUGGAUGAUGCUUGGUUUAUGCGUGCCUUUCUUCACUGGCAGAUGUGGAUGAGUGCCUGAGUGACCGGGGCGGCUGCGACCACUUCUGCUCCAACCUCGAGGGCAGCUACGAGUGCGACUGCAGGCCAGGGUACCUCCUCUACAUGGGAGACGAAAAGACCUGCAAACGUACGCAACCACGCACACAAUCGCCACCCAUAAUCUCAUCUGUCUGGUCGUUCUGCCGUAUCAGCCCGCCGUCCGCGAGUCGAGACGGGAUUCGCCCGCGCCAGCAGCAACUGGACCACCGUGGCACUCACGUCGGCUUUCCGCUACGCGCCCAUCAUCCUUGCAGGCGCGCCCUACUUCCCGUCAGGCGGCGAGUCGGCGCCCGAGCACCUGCCGCACUAUCCCCCCGUGUCGGUUCGCGUCAAUAACGUUCGGCGGGCUGGGACGGGCCAGGGGGAGAAGUGCGAUGGGACCUACUGCUUCGACGCGCUCCUCGUGGCAUCUGACUGCGAGGUGGGUGACACAGCAUCUUUUGACUCGUGUGUGUCUGUAACCUGUGUGUUUUCCAGAAUGCGACAUUGCCAUCCGUGGGGUUCGACUGGGUUGCGAUUGAGCGGGGAGUGUUCGUGACGGGCUCGGGCCAGCUGCUGCAGGCGGGAGUCGAACGAUACAACGGCCGAACCGAAGAGCCCUUCCAGGUACAGAGCACACCGACACAAGCGACGCAUAGCCACUCCCAAACCUCCAUCCACGUGUCUUGUCCUCCGCUCUCACCAGUGGCUUGACUUCCCCGUGUCGUUUGCCGAGGGGGAGGGCAGCAGCAGUGAAGCACCCAUAGUGCUGGCUCACAGCCAGUCUGUGGCCAACAAACGGUUCCUGGAGCCACAGGUGCAGGAGAAAGAGCAGAACGGCUUCAAGGUAGCAUUCGCAUCCGAGACGGGCGUCGGCAGCGAGCGAUUCUAUCCUGAAGUGGUCAGUCACAUGAGACACACAAACACACACACACACACACACACAUGCACAUACACAAACACAAACACAAACACAAACACUCACACACACAAUCAGUCAAUCAUGUGAUUGAUUGACUGGCGCUGGUUCACUGAUUGAUUGAUUGACCGUGUAUGUUUGUUUUGUUUGUCUUCAGAUUGCCUGGGUCGCCAUCGAUCGCAACGCCGAAGCCCUUCGCGAGCAGCGCAUUCUGGUCGGCACCUCCGGGACCACACAGGCGGGCCCGGCACACCUCCCCAACUUCCUCUCAUCACUCGAGCUCACCUACCACGGCACACACGACUUCGCCCACGCCCCACACGUCUUCACGACCGUCAACGCACUCGAGAGCCGGCAAAGGACAGUCGGCAUGCGCGCAAUCGCCGCGAGCAGGAACGGCACGCACAUCGUGCUGCUCGACGGGCUAUGCAACGACACGGCAGCUGAGGGGCGCAGGAGGCGUCUGCAAGAAGGCGGGAGCAACGACACUUCAACGCCCGAUGUGGACUUCCUGGUCAUCGAGGCACCGUCGCCCAUCGACGACUGUCUGCGGGGGACGCACACGUGCGGCGAGCACGGUAAGUGCGUGGCGGCCGAGAACGGCACCCAUGUGUGUGAGUGCGAGGAAGGGUAUAGCUUCAACAACGGGACGGCGUGUGGGGACCUUGACGAGUGCGCGGCUGACGAGGACCCAUGUGGCGUCGGCGGCGUGUGCAACAACACGAUCGGCUCAUACACGUGUGAAUGCAAGACUGGCUUCACCAAGAACAACGACACAGGCAACUGCACCGGUGAGACCGUUCCCCCACAUCUCAUACGCAGGAGACGCUCACGUGUGUGUUGGUGUGGGUGCCCUUGUCAGACAUCAAUGAGUGCGAGCAGGAGGGCGGCUCUUCUCUCUGCCACCGCUACGCCAACUGCGUCAACACCGAUGGCACAUACGAGUGCAAGUGCCGCGAGGGCUUCGAAGGCGACGGCAGGCGGGACUGCUCAGCCACACGCGAUUGCAAGGGCGAGUGGUCUGACUGGACCGAGUGCGACGUCGACUGCCGCCGUGAACGGCGGUACAGGGUCACACAGGAGCCCACGGCCGAGGGGGAGGCGUGCCCGCGGGAGGAUGGCGACAAGGAGGCGGAAUCGUGUGAAGGAGGCAGCUGCAAGCCUGGUGGUACGUCUGAUGUGUGCCAACUGCUGGCUGGCUCCUUGCAGAAUGCUUGUGUGAUGUAUUUGUGUUGUAUGGUAUGUGUCAGGAGGCUCAGCGGGCUGUCCUGGCCGGUGGGGUGGGUGGAAGCCAUGCACGCUGGAUGGCGACGGCCAGUGCUCGCGGUCCCGUGACUUCAUCAUAGAAGUGCCCUGGGACCGCGACGGCCGUCCGUGCGCGGGCAAGCAGCAGACAGAGCCAUGCGACGCCGAGGAGUGCAGUGACAGCCCGGGCGACCCGGAGGUGUGCAAGGGCAGCUGGAGCGCCUGGUCAACGUGCAGUGAGGAAUGUCAGCACACGCGGACCUUCACACUCGACAACAACGACACAUCGGUCGACACGUCUCACUGCCCGCACCAAGAUGGCGACACCGACCCCAGGAGUUGCGAUGGAGGCGCAUGCAAAAGUGAGGUGUUAGCCCAACCUUUCCUCCCCCUCUCUCCGCCCCACACACCCCUUGUGUUUGUGUUGUGUUCCUCUCAGGUGUGGACUGUGUGGGCGACUGGGGUGAGUGGUCCGAUUGCAACUCUGCCUGCGACCGCCUUCGCACCUACCGGGUCCUGCAGCCCCCGCAAGAGGGAGGCGAGCCCUGUGAGUUCGAUGACCUGGAGCAGGACGAGGGCCAGUGCCCACCGGAGCUGUGCACGCCGUCGACCGAGCCGUCUGACGUCGACUGUGAGGGCUACUGGGCGCCCUGGACGGUGUGUGACUCCAACUGCACGCGGAGUAGGCAGUAUGUGGUGGUACAGGAGGCGCAGGGCGAGGGCGACCCAUGUGAGGCCAAAGACGGCCAGACAGAGGUAUAUUGAGAGAGAGAGAGAGAGAGAGGGAGAGAGAGGGAGAGAGAGAGAUGAUCGACCUGUCUCAUGUUUUUUGUUGCCUGCAGGACGACAAGUGCGAGCCGUGUGUGGAUGUGGAUGAGGGCAGCGCUCCCGUGGUCAUCGACUACGACGGCCUUCUGCCCAAGUACUCCAAGGGCAGCCAGAUGAUCAUCACGCCAUCCCUCUUCGCUAACACCAACUACUCCGGCACGGCCGACCCAAAAGAGAUCCUCAAGCAGCUCGGUGGCGACACAGACGACUACGUCUGGACGGUGCUUCCCGCCCUGCCGGCCGGGCUCUCCCUCAACGAGACCACCGGCAGGAUCACUGGCACCAUCGAGACCACCCAGCCGCCGACCUUCCACACCGUGCUGGUGCGCAAGAAGGGCGAAGAGGGGCCGGGCAUGGCGGCGGGUCGGUUCAUCCUCACCACGACCGACGCGGCACCGACCAACCUCAGCUACCCCGGCCCCGACGUGACGACUCUGUGUGUCGGAAUGCCCAUGCCCGAGCGCAUGCCGACGUGGGAGGGCGGCCCGCCGUCGCGCUUCGAGAGCGACCCGCUGCCCUUGUCGCUGACGGUGAACAAGACCACUGGCGUGCUAGGGGGGAUACCCAGGGAGCAAUCGAUCAAGAAGGCCUACCGGAUUCAGGUGCGUCUGCGUAUACCUGACAGGGAGGAGAAAGAGAGGAUGCCCGAUCACUGGUGGUGUUGUGUUGUGUUGUCAGGCGGUCAAUGCGGGGGGCCGUGCGUCGGACAAUGUAACUCUGGAAGUGAAGCCAGCCAUGCAGCUGCUGGACCCUCUUCGCAGAGACGAGUCCCCCGUUCUCAAGAUUGACCUCACGUCGGCGUCGACCACCUACUACACACCCUACAAGGUUCUGACGGUCGUGGCGCCCUCACAAGUGCCCGUCAACGACAUCCUCUGCCAGGCGGUGCCCAUCCUCUCGUCCAAGGCCAACCCCAUCAUCCCGCCGCCAGAGUGCACCGAGGAGGAGGGAGACAGCGACAACAGGCAGGAGAGAGGCGAGGUCAUGUGCUCCGUCGGCCGAGAGGCCACGCCCGGCGAGAAGCAGACGCUGUACCUCAACCUGCUGGGCAAGGACCCGCCUUGCUACCUGACAGGGAGGAGCUCAAAUGAGAGCGAGGAGCUCAAGGUGGUGGGGCUCGUGACGCUGAUCCCCAACGAGCGGGCCAGGCGGGACGUGCCCAUGAUACGCGAGUAUCUCAACAAGACGACCGAAGACGGCGAUGAGGCGCCCAACGUGCUCAUGGUGGGGCUGUCUUCGCCCAAGGAGCGCGCCUUCAAAUUCCUGCUGAAAGAGCCCACCGACGCCGAAAAGACCACCCCGUACAAGACCACCAUCCAGCUAAGCUUGGGCAGCCUCAGCAUCACCGCUAUGCGCAACAACGAUGAGUUCAAAGACAAGCUGGAGACCGACGUCGAGAAGCUUCUCGACGUGCCGCCCGCGCGCAUCCGGGUGACGUCGGCCCGCGAUCAGGACUGCUCCGGCUCUGACCUCAGCCGAUGUAAAUCCGAGGCUGAUGUCAUCUUCAUGCCGGAGCAGGGUAGGCCUUCUGCCCAGGCCAAGUACAUCGAGACGCCCUACGUGCUGUUUGAGGACUUCCGGCGGCGCGUCAUGGACCCCAGGAACCACCUCUAUCAGUUCCCCAAUUCAUACUGGUUCCUCACAUCUAUCAGCCGCAGCGAGCCCCUGCUGCCUCAGCGACUCGUGCUCUGUGAGGGCGGGAGCGUCGUAGACGACAUCGAGAACUGCCCACCCCACGAUAAUGACAGUGGUGAUGAGGUGGACAGCAGGAGUGAGGGCGGCAAUGGCGAUGACAACCCUUGGUAUAAGGAGGAAUGGAUAUGGGGGAUUGUGGGUACGGUCGUCUCGCUGGUGGGCCUCGCGGUCUCCAUCCAGAUCUGCCACUGCAAACAGAUGCGCGAGCAAACCAAGAAGAGCGUGCGGCGCUUCAUGACCUCGGCGCUUGGCCGCCCCACCUCGCCUGAUGACGAUGAGGAGCAGGGCAGUAAUGGGGACGGCCGCAAGAGGACCAAGAUCAGCCGCAGCGACACAUCUGAGACACGCGAGGACGACAAGUCAUCCCAAGGCAAGAGGCGAGACGGCGACAGCACACCGCCAGGCAGGGCGGUCUCAUCUCUGCCGACGUCUGGAGAUGACCGUGGGGUCUCGGUGGCCCCUCGCCGGUCCACGACCACGGCCACUCGAGUGCCCAGCAGCCAGGUGUCGCGCAUCACAGCUGGUGACGAAGACGCCGACACCAUGUACGCAGACGACGAGACACCCACUCCUGCGGGCGCCGGUGGUGGCGGUGGCGGGAUGCACUACGGCCACCCCCAUGCGCCGCCGUAUCUGGGCUUCCACACCCACGCGCCACACUACCCACCCUCCAUGCCCUACUACCCCCCACACCACCACUACGCCCACCCGCCCAUGUACCACAUGGGCAGCCACAUGAGCAGUCUGGGCAGCAUGAGCAUCGGCAUGCCGGCCAUGCAGCUGUCGAGGGAACGGUCCAUGAGCAGCACCACAGACAAAGCGUCGAGAAGUGGCAAGGCCGGCAAUGGAGAACGAGGAGGACCGGGUAAGUCUGAAGGCGGUCUGAAGGCGCCUCCGGGUGCUGUCCCUCACGCCAACUCCAUCCCCCAGCUGCCGACACAGCACCCUCACUAUGCAAGGUACGUGAGCCACCACGAGAUAACCACACCGGGUGGUGGUUUUGUCAGUCAUCCCUCCCCUCCCCUCCCCUCCCCUCUCUUCGUAUGUUUAGGUCUCGUCCAUCAGCACCGGUCCGCAGCAACUCUGGCACAUCCAUGGGCACACCUGAGCAUCGCGACCGCGAGACCUCAGACGACGCUCAUGACGCACCAACAGUAUCACCGGCAGCAGCAAGAGGGGCUCCAAAUGGCUUCAUUGCCGACACAGAGCGCUCCCGCAGCUCAUCAGGUGGUGCGCACCACAGCAUUAGUGCCAGGUCAUCGCCCCACGGCCCCGCCCACCAAGACUCUAUCGCCCUCGAUGACGGUGACAGCUCCGCUGACGAAUCUGGUGGCCACCACUUGAUGCCGGGAUACCCCCACCACGGACCCUACUACUCGCCCCAGCCACAGUCCCUCCUCGCUGUGCGGCCGACAGUCCAGGAGUGGCGCUCGCCGGCCCUGCCACCACGGCCGUCGCUGGGCGAGCCACAGCCCUCCCGGUCAGUGACACGCCCUAUGCACAUCAAUGCCGGCGUCCAUUCGAGAGCACCGCCGAGUCUGCAGUCUGAGGGAAGUCAGGACAGCAACACAGAGGGAGGAGCACUGAGGGAGUCGCCGCCCUAUCGCACCAAGAAGGCCAUCCGCAUCUUGGCGCCCCCCUCCCCGCCCUCGUGCGCAUCGACCGACCUGCCGAUGAGCGACCGCCUGGUCUGCCGCGGUCUCGACGCUCCCCACUCGGCCCCACUGCCGCCCUUGCAUCCCGCCACGGCCAUCCGGAAACGAUCAGAAGACGGUAUCGAGUCGGACUGCGGCCGGCCGGCUCUCGCCAGGCAACGCUCUGCCGAGAGCCAGCUGACGGCAAGCGAGGAUGACGCGCCGCAGAUGGCGACUGAGGGGCAGCCGAGGAGGGUGCGGGCGACGGCACACGCGCACCACCGCCAAUACCACCACCCUUCAACAACACGGCGGUCGCGGCGAAGGCAUACACAUACGUCGCGUGGGUCGUCGGGUCGGCGUCGGCGACGCUCAUUGGUUGUCAAUCUGGCGUCGAUGAGCACUAGCACAUCAGCCGCCCGGCACCACCUCGAUGACUCGUCCAGUGAGACGUCGGCGGCCACGGCCUCUGGGCAGUCGCCGCCACUGGCGGCCCUGCUGCCGCAGAGUGGGCCUGACUCGCCAUUGGGCACUGCGUCGCAUCACUCAGCGGCCCCUGAUCUGACUGUGUCGAUGCCGCCGUACGUGGACAGCAAUGGCGGCCGGCGAGAGGGGGACGUGUAGACACACAGAGAUGAGCAGAUGGACCGAAGGGGAUCAGUGGGUGCAUCUGCCUGCCUGUUGUGUGUCUAUCCCUAUGUUGUGAAUGUCAAUCAACGUGAUGGUGUUGUGUUCAUGUGUGUGUAGUGGUAGCUAGGUCAGUCCGUAUCGUAUAUAUAUAUGUAUGUUGCCGGUUUGUGUGAUCUUCGUGGCGUGGCGUGGUGGUUUUGACCGAUCUGUGCGUGUGUGAGUGGGUGAGUCGAGUCGUUUUUUCCGACAGAUGCGGUGCGUGUUUGUGUGUUGAGUACGUCCGUAUGCCGUGUAAGUCCACAUAUGCCUGUGUCUCAUGCGUGCAGAUCAGAUGCGGUGCCUGCGAGUGGUCCUCGCCCCGAUGGAUGGAUGGUCAUGCUGGCUGCAUGAUGGUCUGUCUGAUGGUGACGUGAUGGUGACGGUGAGCGGUCGGUCUUUGGUCAUUUCGUUUGGGAGGGGGAAGUGUGUGGCCGGCUAGCUGGAUGGCAGGGCGGGUGUGUGAGAAGGCCGGCUCCAAGGCGCAAGGCAGUAGAGUGUUCUCCCUUAUUUAACACAUUGCCUGUCUACCUGUCUGUCUGUUGAGUGACGCCCAAUUAGCGAACCUCACUCACUGGCUUCACUCACUGCUGACACACACACCAGACACACACACACACCAUGUAUACAAGUGUUUUCUCAUCAUCGCUUGCAAUCGCACCCAGCCAACCCCAACACACACGCACUACCGACUUCCCCUCUGGUGAGGUCAGUCGAUCUAUCUGCCGUAUCUAUCUGUCCAUUGGGUCUAUCUAAUGGUGCCUGCCUGGUCUGCAUGCCGUGGUGGCCACCACGCGCCCUUCCUUCUUUUGUGCAAGUCACUCCAUCAACCUAAUCUGCAUUACAUGUGUGUGUGUGUGUAUGUGUGGUGGAUCAAAAUUUUUCGUGAGGGGAGAGAUUGGGGAUGGCUGUAGGCGGGCCAGACAGAGACGGCAAGUAAGUACGUGUUGACGGAUAGAUGUGGCGCUCUACCUGCAUGGCAUGACUUGUUCUCCGUUUAGCGUAGCGCGGCGUGCAUCAUCUUGUUUUUCAACACUCACUCGUGGCACUCACUCAUCAGCUGUAUACCACUGUCGGCAAUCCAUCCUCUCAUCGAUCAGCCAGCCUCACCCUCUAUAAGCGAGUCGAGUGUGUCUCAUAUCCCUACCUGUAUGUCAGUCACCUCUCUCUAUGCUUAGCUAUGUAUCGCACCACUCCACCCACUCCAGGUCUUUUGUGUUUCGCGUCGGUCCGUUCGUAUGUGUCUGUUUAUAGUCUGUCUGCCUCAGUGCUUUUUUCUCCCCUUCUUCUUUCGUGGGGGGCCUAUUCUCGUCUCGCAUCUUUCUCCACUCAUCCUCAUAACCGUCCGUGUGUGUGAGAUCGUGGGAUAUGAUGAUAUGGGGGCUUUGCACGUCAGUGCCGUGGUGGGGGGGCUGGGCUGCAUGCCAUGGACGUCUUUUAUGUACAGAAGUGACUGACUGACUGACACGCUUGGCUUGCUCUGCUCGGUGGGCGGCUCGGCUCCUUGGGAGGGGGGUGGGCCACACAUCACAUCACACCGAUCGAUCGACCUUUAUCCAUCCUUUGUGUCCGUGUGUUGUAUGUAUCUAUCGUAUGUAUCAAUCUGUCUGCCUAUUGAUUGUACAACAACAGCAUUGAUUAGAUGCAUCAAUACACUGACUGCAUGCUUAUCAGUCUAUCGCUCUCUUUUCACCCCCAGACACUGACACGCCAACACCCACACACAAGACAGACAGUACAGUCCAUCCACAGCCAGGUGUCGUUUUCUUGCCUCCUUACUUUAGUCGGCCGACAGACACGUUUCUUGGGAACGAACGGGGUGACUGACACCCAAUGGUCGGAUGGAUGGAUGGAUGUGUGCAUUUCUGCCCUCUCUCGUAGGGCAUUCAGUUAUCCGGUUGUGCACACACGAGGGGACAUCUCUCUCUUGUAUUAUCGUAUUGAUUAUCGUCUGCCUGUCUCCCUCCUUGUCUGUCUGUCGCUCUCGCUGUGUCUCCUCUCUGUCUAAGUGUCUGCCUGUGUCUGCGUGUCGUGUCUGCUGGGUGGCUUGCUCACGAACCGUGAGGUGUCCUCCUUACAUGUGUGUGUGUGUGUGUGUGUGUGUGUGUGGUGGACACUUGGUGGGUCAUCAUGCCAUUGGAUGGACCGGACAGAUGGACUGAAUGGCACGUAAUACUUAG